CAUAUUUUUCAAAACCAUCCCUCCACGCCAUCUCUCACCUCCAUUAAUUCUCCAAAAUAGCAGGGAGUAGGUAGCACCACCGGGUUGGUGAAGUUCACAUCGACCAUAGAUGAAUGGAUUGCCGCUAUAGCUACUCCGGGUUUGAGAAUGCUGCAAAACGUGAUACAAUCAAAGGAUAAAGAACUUAGAAAAAGUUCAUAAAAUAUUUGAGGAGUCUUUGGAGGGAAGAAACCUACUCAUGCAACGAACAGUCCAUUGCUCCGAGCUCCCCUGCCGCUGCCUCUCUGACUCACCAAACCAUCUCACUCGAUUCUCUGCAAUCACUCGCGACUCAUCCUCGCCAAUUUUUCAUUUCUUGGAAACUUACCCCGAAGAGCUUUCGAACGACAAGAUAUGGAGAGAGAGAGCAUAGAAGAAGAUGGACUGCCCACGAGUGCUCUGCUUCCUACGGAAGUCUCUGUCCAUGGCAGCCAUGGCAACCCCGUCGUGCCUUCGAGUGACCCUGCAGUCACGCCGCUCGUCGUUUUUAGCACUUUCAUUGCCGUUGGCGGGUCUUUCAUGACCGGGUGUGCUACUGGUUAUUCUUCACCAGCCGAGUCUGGCAUAAUGGAGGAUUUGGGCCUCUCCACAGCAGCGUAUUCGCUUUUCGGUUCAUUAAUAACAGUGGGAGGUCUAAUAGCAUCUCUGGUAAAUGGGAGGAUAACGGAUUUGAUUGGGCGUAAACAAGCAAUGUGGCUUUCUCAAAUAUUUGGUGCUGCAGGAUGGCUUUCUAUAGCAUUUGCCAAGAAUGCUUGGUGGCUGGAUAUUGGAAGACUGCUAAGCGGGCUUGGCAUUGGGAUCAUAUGUUAUGUGGUACCUGUGUACAUUGCUGAGAUAACACCUACAAAUGUCCGGGGAGCAUUUACGGCAGUCAAUCAGUUCAUGAUAUGCUGUGGCUUUUCGUUGAUUUACUUUCUUGGAACCAUUGUCUCCUGGCGCAUCUUGGCUCUGAUCGGUUGCAUUCCCUGUGUCAUACAAAUUUUGGGUCUGUUCUUUGUUCCAGAGUCUCCUAGAUGGCUGGUAAAAGCCCACCGAGAGGAGGAGUUUGAAGUCACAUUACAGAGACUCAGAGGCAAAAGUGUCAAUAUUACUCAGGAAGCAGCCGAUAUUAGAGACUAUACAGAGACCUUUGAACAGCAGUCUCAGUCUAGAAUUCUGGAUCUGUUCCAAAGAUGCUAUGCUCGUCCGCUUAUAAUAGCAGUUGGGCUGAUGGUGCUUCAACAAUUUGCUGGGAGUAAUGCAUUUGCCUACUACGCAGGCUCCAUAUUUGAAUCCGCUGGCUUCUCAAGCAGCUUUGGUACCAGAAGCAUGGCUGUUGUCCAGAUCCCAGCGACUGCUCUUAGUGUAAUCUUGACCGAUAAAGCCGGAAGACGACCACUUAUGAUGAUUUCUUCAGCUGGAAUGUCCUUUUGUUGCAUUCUUCUAGUAUUGUCAUUCUUCAUGCAGGAACACAAUCAUUGGAAGGCCGUGACCCCAACUUUGGUGUAUGUAGCCGUUAUUGUGUAUUCCAUAGCUUACUCACUGGGCAUUGCAGGAUUACCGUGGGUUAUCAUGUCCGAGAUAUUCCCUGUAAACAUUAAAGGGUCGGCCGGAAGCCUGGUGACAUUCAUCAACUGGUCCUGUUCUUGGAUUGUGACCUACACUUUCAACUUCAUGUUCGAAUGGAGUGCACCUGGGACAUUUUUGAUAUUCGCAUGCAUUUGCGGUCUCACAGUCUUAUUCAUCGCGAAGGUAGUGCCAGAGACCAAGGGGCGAGCAUUAGAAGAACUGCAAGCAUCACUUGCUAAUUUUCUUCAAUGAUUUGGUAUGAGCCAAACACAGGCAGCACUGACAGCAAGACUGACAGAAGGCUUAUUGUUGCAAAGAAUUAAUAAAAUGUGAAACGGUGAGGAAAUA